AUGAGUGAAAACUCCGAAGGAUUCACAGAAGUAACGUUAGAACGCGUCAAUGCAUCAUACUAUAAUAUGCCGGUGCAACAAAAUGAACUACUUCUCAAGGAGAAAACUUAUCGUCAGCAAUAUGCAAAUUUAUACUUUCUCAGGCUGACUACGUUGGGACCUAUGGUGUUGGAAGCUGCACGAAAAAAAUGGGAUACAACAGAGAUGAAAAGCGAGAUGGAUCAACAGCAACGGCAAGAUGGGGAAAAUGUGCAGAUUAAAACUAGACACACAAAGAGAGUGUUGGAAACGAAACCGGGAGUCGUUUGUUACAUUCUUGGAACUUUAUAUGUUGAGAUGCUUUAUAAGCCGAAUAUACUCGAUGAGGUCACAAAAGAACACUGGGCAGAACAACCUCCGCCACGUGAAAAGUAUUGUAGUGAAACGGAUGAAUAUAUGCUAGAAGAUGAGUCCGGGCGAAUAAAGUUAACAGGCGAUAUUCUCAAAACUGAGAGUUUAGUAACUGGAAUAGUGAUGGCUACGUUGGGUUUUGAGAAUGAAGCCGGUGAAUUCGAAAUUAUGGAUAUUUGUUAUGCUGGUAUGCCGCCCCAAAAAAAAGCCAAUCAAAUGGAAACAGAUGACAAUGGGGGUGGUGAACAAGAUACCGACAAAUACGUUGCUCUUGUCUCUGGACUAAAUGUUAGUAGUGAUAAUAGUCAAAAGUCGAUGCAGAUAGAGUUAUUUAUAGAUUAUAUAACGGGUAUGGCGGGAAGUGCGCAGCCGGGAAUAGCGUGGCAGAAACCAAAUUUACCGAGUGCGAUGCAAAACAUGCAAAAGAAAUAUGGAUACGAAGGAACCGAUUACGACAUAGGACCUUCCGCUGAAUUAGAUAAUAUCCUAGAAACGCUUUGCUCAACAGUACCAGUUGAUAUAAUGCCUGGCUCUCACGAUCUCGCAAAUGCAACAUUACCCCAACAGCCUAUUCAUCUUAAUCUUUUCCCUAAAACUUCACAGUAUUCCUCUUUUUCUAGUGUCACGAAUCCUUAUUGGUGUGAAAUAGACGAUGUUGUAUUCUUGGGUAAUUCUGGCCAAAUUAUUGACGAUAUUUAUAAAAAUCUUCAUGGUGAUAAUCGGCUUGAAUUUGCGGAAAAAACUUUACAUUGGCGGCACACAGCACCAACAGCACCUGAUACACUUUGGAGUUAUCCAUUCAUAAGCUAUGAUCCAUUUAUCCUAACUCAAACGCCUCAUAUUUAUUAUUUUGGAAAUCAGAAAGAAUUCGCUACUAAUACUGUCGAUGGUCCUGAUGGACAAUAUACAAGAAUCAUAUUGAUUCCGUCAUUUGCAGAAACGGGAGUAGUUGUACCAGUUUUGCAACUUUCGGACUCACCACGUAGUGCUGCAGCCGUAGUGUCGACACCACUUCUGAUGAAUUCAACAGAUCUUUCAGAAGAACAAGAACGUUUUUACAAUGCAGUUCGUGAGAUUAUUAUCAUGCUCUUACUAUUCCUGCCGCUUUACUCCAUUUCGUACAAUGUAAUACAAAGAUUCCGCCGAAAACAGCAACAACAGCACCAAGCUCAACAACAGGAAGUGGAAGACGAGGAAGAGGAAGUGUUUGGAAUAGACGAAUUAAUAUUGGGAUUUUUGUGUGCUGCGGGCUUGGCAAUGGCCUUGGCAGGAUUUUUCUUGUUACCGGGUACAAUGGCAGCUACAGCAUUGAUUGAAUUACAAUUGUCAGGAAAAGGAGAAGAUAAUAAACAUCAUUAUUAUUACUUGGGUUGGUUAGAUACCAACCUUUUGGUGACUCUUUGGAAUUACACAUUUAUCGGAUGUAAUAUCUCGUUGUUUGGUUUACUUCCGUUUGCGUAUUUCUAUAAUGAAACAGAUCAAUUAAGAACUUUUUUCGCCAAAGCAAGAGAAACUUUGACGAUUAUGUUACUGGUUGGACUAUUAAUUUAUGGUUUUAUCUAUGUCUCAAAAUCCAUCCUAAAAAUGAAUGAAUUGCCGAGUUUGGUGGUGCUUAAUCUUUUGACGUGUCUCGUGGGUGGAAUUAUUUGUUUGACAGCCACACCGAAAGGAUAUGUGAAAAUCUUUUCGUGGAUUUAUUUAUUGCCAUUACGACCAAAUUAUCGAAAAUCAUUAAAAGAUAAGCUUGUGGAAAAUAAAAUGGAGACAGGAGCUUGGCAGUUCAAAUUGGAGUCUUUGGAGAGGGAAUUACAUUCCGAUAACAUUGAUUCAAAUUACACGUUUGUCCCGUCAGUAACCUCUUCAUUUCCAUUAUCAUCCAAAAACUUAUAUGUAAAUGGAAUCAAUGGAAUCAAUGGAAUCAGGCGACAUAAAAAAACUUCACCAACAGAGUCUCUAUUAAAAACCCGAGACGAGAUUCGAGCAAAUUUGAAAAAACUCGAACUGGAACGAAAGCAAACACAGCUUGAUCUAUCACAUUCCCCGCUUUAUCGCAAUAUAUCAUUUUUCCUGCUUUUCCUUCUUAGUCACAUCAUCCUCUUUCUUCUCAUAAGCUACGUCGCCUUUAAUUUCAUGAAGGGAAUCUUGGUAUUUGAUGAGAAAGCCAACAACCAGCAACCAAAUCUUUUAUUGGUGUUUGGGAAGCAGACAUCUUCUUUUCUUUCAAUGUUUGGCGCAAUUAGCACACUCACCGAGAUUGCCUUGAUUUUUUAUUUCACAUUUGCCACAAUUAUCGGCGUCUAUUCCAUGCCACUAUUUGCUCAGAUGAAACCACAAUGGGGACGAAUGACGAUGCAAAAGACUAUUGGGAAUGUUACAUUGCUAUUGGUGAUCAGUUCUUCGUUACCGGCCAUCGUGCAGAUAUUGGGUCUUUUGAGAUUUGAAAGUGCUGGGCCAUACGAAAAUUUUCAUAUGCUAAAGAAUGGGAAUUGGGUGAACACGGGUUUUCGUCUCGGAGUUUUGAUUACUUCAGUGUUGGCCUUUUUAGAUUAUUACAUACUGGGGGGCUUGAGAUCGAUUAGUGGUGGGGUUGGCUCUGUUGUCAAUGAUGGAUAUAGAAACGGAUAUACGAACGGAUAUAUGAAUGGAUAUAUGAACGGAUAUGAAAGUGAAUACACAAAUGGUCACGUCAAUAUUGUUGAAGACGGAAAUGCACCAAAUGGCAAAAACGGCUAUGCGAAUGUGUAUGAACAUGAAUCUUAUCAUGAACGGUAG